AUGAAUGUCCUGAAUGACGCUCUCAAGAGUAUCAACAAUGCCAAAAAGAGGGGCAAACACCAGGUUCUUAUUAGGCCAUGCUCCAAAGUCAUCACCCCAUUUCUAAUUGUGAUGAUGAAGCAUGAUUACGUUGGCGACUUUGAACUGAUUGAUGACCACAAAGCUGGAAAAAUUGUUGUGAACCUCACAGGCAGGUUAAACAGGCAUGGAGUAAUCAGCCCAAGAUUUGACGUACAACUGAAAGACCUAGAAAAAUGGCAGAAGAGCCUGCUUCUGUCCCGUCAUUUUGGUUUCAUCGUACUGACAACCUCAACGGGCAUCAUGGACCAUGAAGAAGUAAGAUAG